AGCGACCUGCCGUUUAAACAAUCUCAUCCCUCAUCCUCGGAAUCGUAGUUCCUCUCCUCGUACAACUUCUCGUUCUAUAAAUGCGAAAAAUCUCACCUCUUCUCCUCGUAGAUUUUCUCUCCUCUCUUCUUUCUUUACAAUUUUCCUUUUCCAAUCUCUAUUAAAAUCAAACAACAAAAUCUUAUUUAAUUUCUUUAUUUAGCCAAACCCUAAUUCCUUGUCGAUUUGUAACAAUGGCACCCCCAAUCAAAUCCAGCAAAGUAGGUUACAAGGAAUUGGACGAGCUCGAGUCUCCCUCGAACAGCCUGUGGGUGGGGAAUUUGGGCGCUGACGUAUCGGAUUCGGAUCUUAUGGGAGUAUUUGCAAAGUACGGUGCUCUUGAUAGCGUCACUACUUAUACGUCUAGGAGCUAUGCGUUCUUAUAUUUCAAACGCGUAGAAGACGCUGCAGCGGCGAAGGAGGCGCUUCAAGGGACGAUUUUGCGUGGGAGCCCUUUGAAGAUCGAGUUUGCGAGACCGGCCAAGCCCUGCAAGCAUCUGUGGGUGGGUGGAUUCAGCCCAGCAAUUUCUAAGGAACAGUUGGAAGAAGAGUUUCUUAAGUUUGGUACAAUUGAAGAAUUUAAGUUUCAUAGAGACCGGAAUACUGCUUUUAUCGAGUAUGUCAAACUGGAAGAUGCUUUAGAAGCCAUGAGAAAUAUGAAUGGGAAGCGGAUUGGCGGUGACCUGAUACGUGUGGAUUUCCUUCGUUCACAAUCCUUGAGAAGGGACCAAUUGUAUGAGUUUCGUGAUUCCAAAGAGAGUCAGUUUUCUGGAGUAAGACGAACACAGCCUUCUCAGCUUUUAGGGUGCCGAAGGGAAGGCUUACCCAGUAAUGUACUGUGGGUAGGCUAUCCUCCAUCUGUGCAGAUUGAUGAACAAAUGCUUCACAAUGCAAUGAUUCUUUUUGGUGAAAUUGAGAGAAUUAAGAGCUUUCCAUCAAGGCACUAUUCCUUUGUAGAGUUCAGAAGCGUAGAUGAAGCUCGGCGUGCUAAAGAAGGCUUGCAGGGGCGCCUUUUCAAUGAUCCUCGCAUCACAAUAAUGUAUUCAAGCAGUGAACUGGCUCCUGGUAAAGAGUACUCCAGUUUUAGUCCUGGUGUUAAAGGGACAAGGCCAGAGGUUUUUAAUGAACAUAUUUUGGGGUCUAGCCAGCUGGAAAUACUGGAUCAUCAUCGCACUCUGGGGCUAAAUACUUUUCCUGGACCAUUAACACCUAGUAAUAUUCAUAGAUCAAAUGUACCAUUACGUCCUUUUGGUGCUCAAGUUGGUUUUGAUGCUGCGCUUUCUAAUGCAGAAUAUAAUGAUUUGGCUCCACUGCAUAGUUUCCGAGAUGGGAAUCCUAACAUUACAAUGGGACCUAACUGGAGAAGGCCAUCCCCUCCUCCAUCUGGGAUUCUUCCUUCUCCAGGUUCAAGGAUUAGGCCACCAAUGAGGUCAGUGUCUACUGGAUGGGAUGUGCUUGACCCCAGUCAGAGGGAACCAAAACGGUCAAGGAUUGAUUCACCAUUGCCCAUAGAUGAUGAUUCUUUUGCCUCAAGGAAGAUUGACGAUCGUGGGUUGGGUUUGGACAAAGCAUAUAGGCUUGGUCCAAUUGCUGAUGGAGGUAUCUCAGGUCCAUUAAUAAAUGCUCAAGGUAAGCGUAGUCUUAGUCCAGUUGGUGUAAGGGGUGGUUUAGGAUCUCAUCGACGUCAGCUUGGCAAUGAUUAUAUAUGGCGUGGUAUUAUUGCCAAGGGUGGAACACCAGUUUGCCAUGCUCGUUGUGUCCCUAUAGAUAAAGGGAUAGAAUCAGAACUUCCUGAAGUUGUUAAUUGCUCAGCCAGAACUGGAUUGGAUAUGCUCACGAAACACUAUGCUGAGGCCAUUGGUUUUGACAUUGUCUUCUUCUUGCCAGAUAGUGAAGAUGAUUUUGCUUCCUAUACUGAGUUUCUUCGCUAUUUGGGUUCAAAAGACCGUGCUGGUGUUGCCAAGUUUGACGAUGGGACAACACUAUUUUUGGUGCCUCCAUCGGAUUUCUUAACUAAGGUGUUGAAAGUUGCAGGACCUGAACGUCUCUAUGGUGUAGUCCUCAAGAUGCCACAUGUCCCUGGUAGUGCAUUAAUACAGCCACAGCUACAACAGCCCGGCCAUUUUCCUCAGUAUAUCGAUAGGCAUCAUAUUCCUCCACCAGAAGCCGAGUAUAAUCAAAUUCCUCAGGAUGAACAUAUGAUGCCACUGGAUUAUAGGGUUUUGCAUGAGGAUUCAAAAUCUCUGUCGAAAUCAUUUUAUACACCACCAACCGAGGCUAUUGCAGAGCAGUCUAUUCCUCAGGACUAUGCUUCUAAUAACUCUGUAGCAGCUUCUCAAGCAGGAGUUUCGUUGACACCUGAGCUUAUUGCCACUCUUACAUCUCUAAUGCCUGCAAAUGCACAGUCAACUGGUUUAGAAGGUGGUCAGCCAGUAUCAGGCUCUGUUGUUAGGCCUCCAUAUUCUGCAGUUGCUACUGAUAAAGGAACUUCCUCACUUGGAUGGAAGAAUGAUAAUCAGGUGUCUGGAAACACAAAUCAUGUACAAUUUGGGAACCAGUUCAACUCCCAGGCACAAGUUCCGUCUCAGUUUCAACCUCACCUGUCUCUUUCUAAGGGACCUUAUAAUCCAGCAAUGGUGCCUGCAAACACCCAAAUCCAAGAUUCUUCCAUCAACCUAUCACAUCAGGAUGGAAUUCCAUCUAGGUCUUUGACUAGUGUUUCCAUGCCUUCCCAAAGUGGACAAGUUGGUGUAUCAUCACAAGUCAGCCAGCAGUAUAAGCUUGAUGUUCCUCAUCAGAAGGGAUAUGGUGGAAUGGUGCAUGGAACGGAUGUUUCUGCUUCAUAUAAUCCACCUGUUAUUCAGCAACCUAAUAAUCAUGUUGCCUUCUCUAGUCAGGCUCAGGGUGGUAAUCAAUCCCAGGUACAAUCUGGGAUGGCUCUAUCUGCUGACAAACUGAAUCAGCAGAAUCCUAGUCAGAUGCAGCAAUUCCAAACUGCUCUUCCUGGAGCUGCUCAGGGCACAUCAGAGGUCGAGGUUGACAAGAAUCAGCGAUACCAAUCAACACUACAGUUUGCAGCAAGCCUCCUCCUCCAGAUACAGCAGCAACAACAGCAACAAACGGGCAAUCCUGCAGUGCGUGGGUCUGGAAAUCAACAAUGAGAUUCCUUUAAUAUCGCAGGUAGUGGGACGUUAUUUGUUAUCCGAAGAUGAGAGAGAUACAAUUGGGUGUUAGCCUUUUAUCUGUUCCAAUGGAGAAAGUUUGCGAUUCGAAUCAAAGAUUGCCCAAAACGUUGCGUUUUCGUUUGGCGUUUGCUGAUGAUGUGGGUAGGAAUUAAAAAUGCAGUGUACAAAUAGUUUGUUUUGGACCUUGUUUUUACUUCUCAAGUAAUCCUUUUCUAACGUUUCAUUUAGGUGUGCAAUUUCCCCAUGCGUUUAAUUCUCGAUUACUAUCGACGCCCAAAUUUUCCAAAUGAAGUUUAUUUAUACCUUUUUUUUUUUUUUCAAAUUAAA